CCCAACCCAGUAUUACUUUGCUAGCAUGUUGUGUGACACCAUUUCCACCGCUAUAUAUUGAUGUAUUGGUGUCAUGGAGGUUGAUUCAUCGAGGAUUUCUCUCCGUCCGUUCAAGCUAACCGACGUGGAUGAUUUUAUGUUAUGGGCAGGCGAUGAUCAAGUGACAAGAAACCUAACAUGGAAGACUUUUACCUCUAAGGAAGAGGCUUUGACUUUCAUCAAGGACGUUUGCAUACCCCACCCUUGGCGUCGAUCCAUAUGUAUCGAUGACCGUUCGAUUGGUUUCAUCUCCGUUUUCCCAUGGUCCGGCGAUGACAGGUGUAAGGCUGAUAUAGGGUAUGGAAUUGCCACGAAGUAUUGGGGCCAAGGGAUAACUACCAGGGUAGUGAAGAUCGCUCUCUCACAAUUGUUCAAAGAUUUCCCUGAUCUGGUAAGGUUGCAAGCUUUUGUAUAUGUGGAAAAUAAAGCCUCCCAGAGGGUAUUAGAGAAAGCUGGGUUCCAAAGGGAAGGGCUACUAAGGAAGUAUACCUUUGUUAAGGGGAGACUUGUAGAUCUACUUCUCUAUAGUGUUUUAUCAACUGACUCCCUCCCUACAGAUCCUCAGGGCUCAGCUUGA